AUGACGGGCCUGCUGCAUGCCCGUCCUUCACUGCGCACUCGUGACACCGAGCCUGUCUUGCCAUCCAUAUCCCCAGACGCUCCCUCGCGCUCCUCGCCCUCCCGUCCAGCCCUCCCGCACGCCGCCACCGACCGAGGGCUGGUCCUUCCACGUGUACAGGUCCCAGACCUGGGUUUGGACUUUGACCAGCUGCUCCGCUCAAACUCGCCCAUCGACCGACCAGAUGCCCACCGCCAGCGCCCGUUGGCUCCUCUGAGUCCACUGCGGCGCGACGGACGCACCCUCGGCAUCAUUCCCUCGCAGCGCCGCAUACGCAACAUGAUCGGCCACCAGCGCAGGAGACGCUCGCUCUGGCAGGAGGGCGAGACCAUGGACAAUGCCCAGCAGUUGCGCCAGGGCGAGGAUCAGGCAGACGUGCUGUCCAGGCUGCUCUCACUCGCCGCAGCCGCCACCGCAGCCUCGCUCGUGGGUGACGAUAACCAGGCUGCCACUCGAGACGGCACUUUUGAUACGUUUCUACAGUCGCUUCAAAACGGCAGCAUAGCAUCGGCAUUGCGGGGCAAUGAAGAUGGUGCAGCUGGUGACACUCCUGGCGCAGGACAGGCGCCGCUCAACUUCUUCCGCAUGUUUCGCUUUGGCACGGCUACUGAUAGCACAAGAAGUGACAACGACGGGAGCCAUGGCAGCGGUUCUGCAAAUGGUGCAUCGGAAGGCGAAGAAGAAGGUGAAGGCAGAAUGGUGCCUAUAAUUAUUGUAGGCAUCAGGUCUAUACAGCCAGGCAGCGGCACAGGACAAGAUGACGCCAGCAUACCGCCCUUUCUCGAUGCCCUCUCCAGCUUUCCCACACCUCCUACCUCUCCAGGUGACGCAAACAUCCUGCAGCCACCACAAAACGGCACUCGCUUCAGCCACCGCCGCCGGGCAUCCAUGGGCGGCUUCAACUUUCCCUCGAAUCACGACGGUCCAAGGCACCACCGCGGAAAUGCUCAAGAGCGCCCUCGCCCUUGGUCAUCGCUCACAGACUCACCCCCGGGACCUCAACCUCCUCCAUCGACACCAGCUACCACCAUGAAUCUGUCCGCCGGCCCCUCGGGCGCCACCACGCCAAAUACGUCUACCUCGCCUCCAUCGCCCAUCCUCCAGUCAGCCACGCCAUCUCGGCGAAACAGCUUUGUUCCAAGAGGUGCCGGAUCCACUCUAGAGCCGACCGAAGAAGAACCGCAAACACAGCCGCGCAAUGCACGACCCCGUCGCCUGAGCGAAUCCGACUUUACACGAUACGGAUCUGGAGCGCCGCGGAGGAGAGGAGUGGUGGAGCCGGACAAUAACCCCGGCGAGGGGUCACGGAGUUGGAUCAUCUAUGUGCUGGGUGGCAGCUACCCGGAAAAUCACCCCAUCCUCACAACGCCCAGUCUAUUCACCGACUCUCCGACGUACGAGGACAUGAUGCUCCUCUCAUCAAUACUAGGACCGGCAAAACCGCCUGUUGCAAGUGAGGAGGAUGUGGCUUCGGCACCCGGGUUGCUCAGGAUCCGGGCGAAUGGCAACGUGCUGGUAGCCGAGGCAGUCGAGGGCGAGGAGACGAUUGAUCUCGUGCCUGGAGCGCGCUGUCUAGUGUGCCUGUGCGACUUUGAAGCGGAUGAAGAGGCACGCAAGCUCAUCAAGUGCGAACACAUGUUUCACAAGAUCUGCAUUGACCAGUGGCUGACUACAGGACGCAACUCGUGUCCGCUAUGUCGCGGCGAGGGAGUCCACGAGACGGGCAAGGAGAGCGAUGUCGAGCCUAGUGCUACUCCUUCCUCUCCUCCCUCUCCUCCACCGUCGUUACCGCAAGCAACUGCAUGA